UUUGGAAUUCCUACAGAGAAACAUACUAAUGGCCACUUCCUGGGCACAAGAGGUCAUCACAUAUGACCUCUGUGUCAAGCCUACCGGCAAUUCUAACAAGAAAAUACAGCUGCAGGUGUUUCCAGAAUGUGAACUUCACCUAAACCAGAAAUGUGAAGUCCAUUGCCAGAAGUGUGAUGUUCCUGUAUGUCUGAAAUGUAUGCUUGGUUCCCAUAAUGGUCACAGUAUUCAGGAUAUCCCAGAGAAUUUCAAUGAUAAGAAAAAGGAAAUAGAAAAAGAAACUCAGGAAAUUGAAUCCACUUUAAUUCCAAUUAAGUUGAACAUUCUAAAAACUAACAGGGUAUCUGAAGUAACAAACUAUAAAUCCAGUCUACAAGAAUACAGAGACAUGCCUGUCCUACCUACACAUAUUCAUAUUAAAGUUCCUUCACUGAAAUCAAACAAAACACAACAGGGAGAACUCAGCACAGAAUUAGAGGAACAUCGGGUAACACUAACACACACAUCACUAUCCAGUCUGACUGCUGAUUCAUCCUCAUUAUCUGUCAGAGGAAUAAUGGACAAAGCCACAGUGGUGGCCACCAUUGCUACUGGUAAAGAAUCUGUAGAGAGAGUGGCCUGUGUGAAUAAAGAUGAAGCUUGGAUAGCUGGCAAAAGUGGCAAUGAUCCAUAUUUAUACUGCAUAAAUGAAGAUGUGUCUAUUACAGAGACUGUAAAUAUGUCUGAUAGUAGUGCUAGAGACAUUUCAGUGACAAAACAGGGUGAACUGAUAUAUAGUGAUUUGAGCAGAGGACGUAUUUAUGUUGUUAAAAAUAGAAGGUCAGAACUACUGAUCUCGCCAUCAAGAUGCUGGAUUCCUGGUGGGCUGUGCUGUACAAGGUCAGGGGACAUUCUGGUCUGUCUGGUGUUUGUAAAGUACAUGUACAUGGAUAGAUAUUUAUGGCAAAAUAAAAUUGUUUGCUAUGAAGGUCAAACUGUGAAACAAGAAAUUCAUAAAGAUGAACACGGAAACCAAAUCCUUAAAAAUGGAUUAAAUAUUCUGUUUGUAGAUGAAAACAUUAAUGGAGACAUUUGCGUCUCUGAUGUCAAUGCUGAUUUGGUGGUUGUGGUAGGCAAAACAGGAAAAGUUCUAUUCAGAUACAAUGGUGAAUCAGCAGGGAUGGCAAAUCCAUUUCAACCUCAACAAAUAGUGACAGACUGUGGUUUGGAAUUCCUACAGAGAAAAAUACAAAUGGCCACUUCCUGGGCACAAGAGGUCAUCACCUGUGACCUUUGUAUCAGACCUACCCAGCAAUUCUGUAACACCUGUCAAGUAAACCUUUGUGUGGACUGUAUCGGUAAACAUGUGGACCAGCUCAGUUACCAGUCACAUGACAUCGUUCCUUUCAAGAACAGGAAAAUACAGCUGGUGUUUCCAGAAUGUGAACUUCACCUAAACCUGAGAUGUGAAGUCCAUUGCCAGAAGUGUGAUGUUCCUGUAUGUCUGAAAUGCAUGCUUGGCACCCAUAAUGGUCACAUUAUUAAGGAUAUUCCAGAAAAUUUCAAUGAUAAGAAAAAGGAAAUAGAAAAAGAAACCCAGGAAAUUGAAUCCACUAUCAUUCCAAGGUAUCAGAAAGAAAAUCUAGAAACAGAAAGUAAAUUGUCUAAUUUAAAGGCUGAAUAUGAUGAGCUUGAGAAAGAGGCAGAAAAACAGAGAAAAUUCUGGCAGCAAGAGGUGGAUACCAUCUUCAACAAAUUUAGUGAGCUAAUCAAGUCCAAGAAAGAUAAUAACCUGGCUGCUCUUGAUUCUCAUCAGUCAAAACUUAAAAAUCUUCUUCCAAAAAUGAUUCAAACAGUUGAACAAAACAAAGAAAUUCUAAAAACUAACAGGAUAUCUAAAGUGGCUAACCACAAAUCCAGUCUAAAGAAAUUCAAAGACAUGCCUGUUCAACCUACACAUACUGAUAUUAAUGUUCCUUCACUAAAAACAAACAAAACACCAGAGAGAGAACUCAGCAUAGAAAUAGAAGGAUACCAGGCUACACUAACACACACAUCACUAUCCAGUCUGACUGCUGAUUCAUCCUCAUUAUCUGUCAGAGGAAUAAUGGACAAAGCCACAGUGGUGGCCACCAUUGCUACUGGUAAAGAAUCUGUAGAGAAAGUGGAAUGUGUGGGUAAAGAUGAAGCUUGGCUAGCUGACAAUAAAGAGUCUUUAUACUGCAUAAAUAAAGACGGGUCUGUAAAGGAAUCUGUCCAUAUAUUUGAUUCUUUGGGUUUGGGUUUUACUGCUAGAGACAUUUCAGUGACAAAUCAGGGAGAACUGAUAUAUAGUGAUCUUAACUUUAACAGUGGAUGUAUUUAUAUUGUUAAAAAUGGAAGGUCAGAGGUAUUUAUGUCCAUAUCAGGGAUUCCAGGUGGACUCUGCUGUACAAGAUCAGGUGACAUUCUGGUCUGUCUCAGUCUAAUGUCUGUAGUCAAAGAGUUUAAACUAGAAAUACAUUAUGAAAAUAAAAUUGUUCGCUAUCAAGGACAGACAGUCAAACAAGAAAUUAAAAAAGAUGAACAUGGAAAUCAAAUCCUCAAAAAUGGAUUUCAUACUCCUUUUGUGGAUGAAAACAUCAAUGGAGACAUUUGUGUCUCUGAUGUCAAUGCUAAUAUGGUGGUUGUGGUAGGCAAAUCAGGAAGAGUUCGAUUCAGAUACGAUGGUACAUCGGCAGGGAUGGAAAAUCCAUUUCAACCUCAACAAAUAGUAACAGACUCUGUGGGUCAGAUCAUAGUUGCAGAUAAUAACAAUGCCUGUCUGCACAUACUACAUCAAAAUGGACAGUUCUUGAGAUGUAUAGACAACUGUGGAUUAGAGAAACCUUACGGACUGAGUGUGGACAGUGAGGGGAGGUUAUGGGUAGGACUUUGUCAGUCAGGAAAAGUGAAAGUGAUCCAGUACAUGAAAUAA